AUGGGUGUUGACAUCAAGAAGCACCACGUCAAAAAUGGUCGCCGCACGGCGCCCAAGAGCGAGGACCCGUACCUGCUCCUGCUGGUGAAGCUCUACCGCUUUUUGGCGCGCCGUACGGACUCGCGCUUCAACAAGGUGAUCCUUCGUCGCCUGUUCAUGUCGAAGAUCAACCGCCCGCCGGUGUCGGUCUCGCGCGUGAUGUACCUGUCGCGCAACCAGGGUGGUGUGGCCAAGGACGAUGCCGCUACCCCGAAGACCGUGGUCGUCGUCGGCACCAUCACCGACGACAACCGUGUGCUUGACCUCCCCAAGCUCAGCAUUGCUGCGCUCCGCUUCACUAACACUGCUCGUGCUCGCAUUGAGGCUGCUGGUGGUGAGUGCCUGACGCUUGACCAGCUCGCCAUGCGUGCCCCGACCGGCAGCAACACGAUCCUCCUCCGUGGCCCGAAGAACAGCCGCGAGGCCGUGAAGCACUUUGGCUUUGGUCCUCACAGGCACAAGAAGCCGUUCGUCCGCUCGAAGGGCCGCAAGUUCGAGAGGGCUCGUGGUCGCAGAAAGUCGCGUGCUUUCCGCGUGUAA